CCUGUACAGCCCAGAGCCGGCGCUGCAGCAGAGCGGCAGAGAGCGAAAAGAACCGGGAAACUGCUGUACUGGCUGGAGAGGGAGGGAGACGGAGAGAGAAAGAGAAACCCUCGGGUAAGGAAGAGCGACAGAGUAAAGCUUGCGUGAUUGGCGAGAGGUUUAGCACGUGCUGCUUUCACCGCAUUAAUUGGCUUCUUGCGGCACCUUGACCGCUGUCACUGCCUGCCAAAUCUGAUGAGAUCCAUGAUCAGACAGCUGAGACGGGAAGACACAGGAAUGCGGACAACCCUGAGGUGACACUCGGUGUGUUUUCUUUUCUCCAUCUCAUCCUCUAUGGCUACUCCACCCAUUCUUUCAGGAACACCACUGAAUUAAUCAGAGCUGUGCGCACUAAGAGGAUCAAUAGCGGUGUUUGACAGGAGUGAAGCGUUUACUCUUUUUUGGGAGGGCAAACAAUAUUUCCAGGGCUUACUGAGGACAACAAAGCCCAUCGGAACGAAUCGGACCCGUCAUCCGUCUCUCCAUGGCAUCUGGGCUGUUUGCACCAGGAAUAUUUUGGAGAAGGGACGGCAUGCAUCUCCGGGUUUUCUUGGGGAAGCAUCUCCGACGUCCAAAUGAAGCAUUUUCCUUAAACAGUUAUUAAUGUCGAGACUUCAGGAUGAGGAUGUACCACAGUGAGUUUCAAAUCCCACACAAACGGCAGCGGAAGGACCCUCGUUCUGCUCUUUGUUUGUUAUUUUUGCUCUACUACUAUGGAACAACCCCUUAACCCUUGAGACUGUUUUUCGGUGUAACAUGCUUGCCAUUUUGUUGCCUUAAAAUUUAAUUUACGCACACUGUCAACAUUUAUAAAUGGAUGAAGUGUCUUCUCGAGACUCUUCUAUGGAAUAGCACACACCGCCACUAAGAAGAUGUAAUCUCCAUUGCUCCGGGCGGACUUCUUGUUUCUGAGAUGCUUGGAGCACGUUUCAGUGGAGACAUGUAAGCAGGGUGUAUUAUGGCUAUCCCGAGGCCGGCAUAAGAGUUAUUUAUUUCUGAGAGAGAGGAGCCAACCCGAACCACACCUUUGCUUAAAUGAAGACCGGCCGCAGUUACACAGGAAGGGAGAAAAAAAUGAUGCACGUCAACAAUUUCCCGUUCCGAAGGCAUUCCUGGAUAUGCUUUGACGUGGACAAUGGCACGUCGUCAGGACGGAGUCCCCUGGAUCCCAUGACGAGUCCGGGUUCAGGCCUGAUCAUUCAGGCCAACUUUGUGCACAGCCAGCGGAGGGAAUCCUUCCUCUACCGCUCCGACAGUGACUAUGACCUGUCGCCGAAGUCCAUGUCCCGAAACUCCUCCAUCGCCAGUGACAUGAAUAACCACCUGCCGAGACCAGGCCUGGUCUCUCGGAGAUCUGAGCCGGUUAUUAGUGGAAAUCAUGGGGAUGACCUCAUCGUCACGCCGUUUGCACAGGUGCUGGCUAGUUUGAGGACGGUACGGAAUAACUUUGCGGCGUUAACCAACCUCCAGCAAGAUCGAACGUCCAACAAGCGAUCCCCCAUGUGUAAUCCGCCUCCUCUCACAAAGGCCUCCUUCACAGAGGAGGCCUACCAGAAGCUGGCCACCGAGACCCUGGAGGAGCUGGACUGGUGCCUGGACCAGCUGGAGACCCUGCAGACCCGACACUCCGUCAGCGAGAUGGCCUCCAACAAGUUCAAGCGGAUGUUGAACAGGGAGUUAACCCACCUGUCUGAGAUGAGCAGAUCUGGUAACCAGGUCUCAGAGUACAUCUCCAACACAUUUUUAGACAAACAGCACGAUGUGGAGAUGCCCUCCCCACAGACGCAGAAGGAAAAGGAGAAGAAGAAAAAGCCCAUGUGUCAGAUCAGCGGGGUGAAAAAACUCAUGCACAGCACCAGCCUCACCAAUUCCAACAUCCCUCGCUUCGGGGUCAAGACGGAUACGGAAGACUCCUUAGCCAAGGAACUGGAGGACAUAAACAAAUGGGGCCUUAAUGUUUUUAAAGUCACAGAGUUUUCAGGCAACAGGCCGUUAACGGUGAUGAUGUACACUAUAUUUCAGGAGAGGGAUUUGCUCAAAACGUUUAAAAUUCCCUUGGACACUUUCAUAACGUACCUGAUGACCUUAGAAGACCAUUACCAUGCUGAUGUUGCGUAUCACAAUAACAUUCAUGCUGCUGACGUCACGCAGUCGACACAUGUGCUGCUCUCCACGCCUGCUUUGGAGGCCGUUUUCACAGACCUUGAAAUUCUCGCUGCCAUUUUCGCCAGUGCAAUUCAUGACGUGGAUCACCCGGGCGUCUCCAACCAGUUCCUCAUUAACACCAACUCCGAGUUGGCCCUCAUGUACAAUGACUCAUCGGUGCUGGAGAACCAUCAUCUGGCGGUGGGCUUCAAACUGCUGCAGGAGGAGAACUGUGACAUCUUCCAGAACCUGACCAAAAAACAGAGACAAUCGCUGCGCAAGAUGGUCAUAGACAUCGUCUUAGCAACGGAUAUGUCCAAACACAUGAACCUGCUGGCCGAUCUGAAGACGAUGGUGGAGACGAAGAAGGUCACCAGUUCUGGAGUGUUGCUGCUGGAUAACUAUUCAGACAGGAUACAAGUGCUUCAGAACAUGGUGCACUGUGCGGAUCUCAGUAACCCCACCAAACCCCUGCAGCUGUACAGACAGUGGACGGACCGGAUCAUAGAGGAGUUCUUCAGUCAGGGCGACCGGGAGAGAGAGCGAGGGAUGGAGAUCAGCCCCAUGUGUGACAAGCACAACGCCUCAGUGGAGAAGUCUCAGGUGGGCUUCAUUGACUAUAUCGUGCACCCGCUGUGGGAGACUUGGGCCGACCUCGUGCACCCGGACGCACAGGACAUCCUGGACACGCUAGAGGACAACAGAGAGUGGUACCAGAGCACCAUUCCCCAGAGCCCGUCGCCCGCUCCCGACCAGCCCGAGGACGGCAGCCGCUCCGGCGGGGCCGAGAAGUUCCAGUUCGAGCUGACGCUGGAGGAGGACGGCGAAUCCGACACGGAGAAGGACAGCGGCAGCCAGGCCGAGGAGGAAGAGGAGGAGGACGAGGACGAGGAGGAGGACAACAGCUGUAGUGAUUCAAAAACUCUCAUCACGCAGGACUCGGAAUCCACGGAAAUUCCGGAGGAGGGAAUUUCGGAGGAGGUUUCUACGGAACCCAGCAUGGUGGAGGAGGAGGAGGACGAGGAGGAAGACGAGGAGGAGCAGCCGGCAGACACGUAGCAGCGCGUCCCGAACUAGCUGCCGCGAAUAUUUAAUAAUUGACAAUGAAAUUGAGUUCCAAAGCGCACGUUGCACUCCGAGACCUCGGCCACUCCUCUCUCGCUCUCUCCUUCUCUUUCCGUCUCUCUACGAGCUGCCUGGAGACGAGAGGACACUAAGACUUUGGUAGGUUGUCGUUUUAUUUGCACUCAGGAAUAACAUUUAGUCCUCUGUCUUUUCAAGCUUGGUUUUGUUUACCUUCGCCCUCCUCCGGGGAUUCGACACAAAGCAAUCGGAGGAGACGCCGCCCACCGAGGAGAUCGACGCAGGAACACGUUUCCUUGGAUUUCAAAGAGACCUUAUUUUCUACGUUUUAAGUCUUCCUAAACUUUGACUGAGAAAAAUUUCACAAAAGACAAAAAAACAAAAAAACACAGCUCAGCGCUGUCAUGGCCUCUUCGAUGAUUUUGUACGGUAUACAUACAGAUUUUUACAUACUUACUUUUAAUAUCAAAACAGCAGCUGUUGCGUUUUCAAGGAAACUUUAGACGAAGAGUAACUUGCAAGUACGCAACGUGGGUCGUGCGUUCGCCACCGUAUACACAUCACUGCUGUCGCACACCCUCCUCUCAGAAGCUGUAUUUAUGUUGUUUUUUACUUCGUGGAACACUUUACCUCCAGUCAACCUCUUAAUACACUUCACCUACAGAUGCUUUAUGAACAUUCAACUCUUUCUGAGUGAUUUCUGUCUCGUUUCAGAGCCGUUCUUUCAGCAACACUGCACUUGAAGCCUGUGAUAUAAAGAUAUGAAUGCAUUUAUAAUAUUUAUCUAUUCAUAAAUUUAUUGAAACACAUUAUUAAUAUAUAUAUAUAUAUAUAUAUAUACAGUACUGGUCAAAAGUUUGGAAAAUUACUAUUUUUUGUUUUUGAAAGAGUCUCUUCUGCUCAUCAAGGCUGCAUUUAUUUGAUCAAAAAUACAGAAAAAAAUGAAAUAUUGUGAAAUAUUAUUACAAUUUAAAAUAAUGGUUUUCUAUUUUAAUAUACUUUAAAAUAUAAUUUAUUUCUGUGGCCCAAAGCUGAAUUUUCAGCAUCAUUACUCCAGUCUUCAGUGUCACAUGAUCCUUCAGAAAUCAUUCUAAUAUGCUGAUUUAUUAUCAAUGUUAGAAACAGUUAAAGUUAAAUAUUUUUUUAUAACCUGUGAUACUUUUUUUCAGAAUUCUUUGAUGAACAAAAAGUUAAAAAAGAACAGCAUUUAUUUUAAAUAGAAUUUUUUGGUAAAAAAUAUAUAAACUUUUCAUUUUUUUGAAAGAAAUUAAUACUUUUAUUCAGCAAGGAUGUGUUAAAUUGAUAAAAAGUCUAAAGACUUUAUUAUUAGAAAAGAUUUAUAUUGAUAAUAAAUCAUAUUAGAAUGAUUUCUGAAGGAUCAUGUGACACUGAAGUAAUGAUGCUGAAUAAAAAAACAGGUUUGCAUCACAGAAAUAAAUUACAUUUUAAAGUAUAUUAAAAUAGAAAAUCAAUAUUUUAAAUUGUAAUAUUACUGUUUUUUCUGUAUUUUUGAUCGAAUAAAUGCAGGCGUGAUGAGCAGAAGAGACUCUUUCAAAAACAUUCAAAUUAUUAAUGUGUCCAAACACUGUAUAUUUAAAUGUGUAUAAUAUAAAGUAAUAUUAACAUAUAUAACAUUAUAUAAUACUAUAAUGUUAGUAUUAUACACACACACGUUAUAUUGUAACAUAUGCAUAAUACAUAUUAUGUAAUAUUAAAAUAUACAUUACAGGCACCAAGUAAAGUGUUACCAAACCACAUUUACGAACUUUACUGUCAACUUCAGUCCUUUAAUCACCACACAAACUCUUAUUUUUUUGGCUUUAAUGUAGUUCAGACUGACACAAACAUCCUGUUCAGGCUUUAUAACUCCAGCUCAAGCAGAACUUCUCUCAAUGGCAACAUCCUGUUAUGGGUGUAUCAGAAGUCAAACCUUAAACCUCACAAGCCAUUUAUUUGUUGUAAAGACAUCUGUAGCAUGUGAGACUUUUUUCUUUUGCCUUUUUCUGCUUUCAUUUGCAGGAUCUCCCUGAAACGUGCGCGUCACACAUCCUGUACAUUAAUACUCUACAAUCCCAGAGUAGUUCUUGUGCAAUGCCUUUCGAUUUGACCGAUUUUUUUUCCCCCACACAUCCACUCAUGGUUCAUUAGAUCAGAGAUCUUAUCUUAGGGCUAGAUGCAGUUUAGCGUCAAAAUCCGCAUUUGCAUUUCAUGCCAAAACUUCCCUCCCGCACGUGGCUUUUAAUAACGACUUAUUUAUAUAUAUAUCUGUAUAUGGUUUUUAUUUAUUGUUUAGCUUCUGUUUGAAAGCAGUACUGUAGACCAUCAACUGUAGCAUAGAGCGUGUGGACUUGCAAGUUACUGGUCUUUUGGUCGUGUACAUAAAAUUUUUAAAGUCUGUAGGAAAUAUAAUGCGCUCACAGAAACUUGAAACCUGGCUCGAGUAGUACUGAUUUUGUUAUAAAUAUUUUUAUUUAAGUUUUGUGCCAUGAUAUAUUCUUUCCUCACCGGAUGACCUUACCUUUUUUUUGUUGUUGUUGUUGUUUAUUUUUUUCGCUGUUUACAACGAUGUAUUUAUUUUUGCUGUAUAUAUUGUAAUGUUUGUUGUAAAUGAUGACAGAUUCUAAACUUCAUCCCGGAUGGAGUUGCUGUAUUUGGUAAACUCUUGUUGAGAGAAUGUUUAUUAUUAUAAUAGAUAUUAUCCAAUGUAUAAAAAAAAAAAUGAUAAUAAUAAUAUUCUGUAUAAAAAUAAGAAGCUUGUUUCUGGAGAUCUGGGGAAAGCCAAACCAUUUGAGACGUGUCGCCACUGGCGUUUGGCCCCAGGGCUGUGCCUUAAACUUAAAAACAUCUUUCUUUGUGUGUCUUUACGUGUUUUAGAGAGCUGUCCCGACACGACGUGUGCUAUCAGGGCAUCUUAUGUGCUGCACUUAAAGCUUAGGACGCCUUAGGUUUCUUCUUUUCAUUUGUAGGUCCAAAACAGUGGCACAUAGCGAACAUGCAAUAGACGCAGGACAGUUUGCUUUGCCCUAGAGCUGCUUGUGAUCUUCUACUUUCACGCUGUUCUUUAACUUUGUUCAGGUACCGUCUGCGACCUUCAUCUCAUCCAGCCUUGUAGAUGUGCUUGUGCACUUACUGAACGAGUCCCUAGAGUUUCAGAUGUUAAAUAAGCAUACUUUCUGACACGCAUACUGUAGAUUUUAGCAGCCCUGGACCAAAGCCAAUCGUGGCUAUUAUUAUUAUUAUUAUUAUUAAUUAUUACUGGUAUUUUUUCAAUGUCAUUAAAGGGAUACUUCAACAUUUGAUUCCUAAGUUCUGCUGAUUAAAAACCCAAACACUUUUGUCUCUUAUACAGUCUUUUGCCGGUACUGUAGAUCCAUCUCCAAACGGUUUAACUACAAAACAAAAGACAGAAAAACUCAUUUUAUAUGCAACGAAUGAAAUAAAAGCAUGGGUUGAUUCCA